AUGUACGGGCCACCGCACGCCUCCAUGAAUACCUCCACCACCGAUCACCGUAUCUAUGCAACUCAUCCCGACGAUGAAGACGACAAGGACGACGUCGUUCAGUGCUCUAAUGGGGACGAGUCCAUUGAGAACCCGCCAUCCCAGAUCAGGUACAACCCUGCGAUCAAUUCUCAGUCGCCGCACACGCUGCCCGUCGCCGAGGCGCCCAUGGAAGCGAGUGGCCCUCACGGGCUCUACGCCUCGGCCCAUCCGGUGGCACCCUCCGCCGGGGAAGGUGGGGCCGACCAGCUCAGCCUUUCGUUUCAGGGAGAAGUUUAUGUUUUCGACUCAGUUACUCCCGAAAAGGUCCAGGCAGUUUUGUUAUUAUUGGGAGGGUAUGAAGUACCUACCGGCAUCACCACUCCUGAAUCGGCUCCUCAAAACCCUAGUAAUUUGGGUGAUUAUCCUGUAAGGUCAAGCCAGCCACAGCGAGCUGCCUCUUUGAUCCGUUUUAGAGAAAAGAAGAAAGAACGAUGUUUCGAGAAAAAGAUUCGCUAUAAUGUCCGCAAGGAAGUCGCUCUCAGGAUGCAGCGUAAGAAAGGUCAGUUUACAUCGUCCAAAUCAGCUGGCGAAGAAAUGGGUUCGUCUGUUGAUUGGAAUGGAAAUUCGGGCUCAGAAGAGCAGGAGACCUUAUGCCGGCAUUGUGGGAUCAGCUCAAAAUCCACUCCUAUGAUGCGGCGUGGACCAGAUGGCCCACGAACUCUGUGCAAUGCAUGUGGUCUCAAAUGGGCUAGCAAGGGAGUCAUGAGAGACCUUUCGAAAGUUCCCAUUAUUGGAGUGCAGCAACAUGCUAUGGAGCUUGAUGGUAAAGCAAAAAUGGAGGAGAUAACAGUCUCGCCACCAGCCAACGUGAUAAUGUCUUCCGGUGGCGACAACUGA